CUUGGCUAAGGCGUUGGCUGCUUAACAUUAACUUAGAUAGAUAUGAAGCCUGUAAACUAACCUAUUAAAAAGACUGCCGCGUCGGUCAACGGCCGGACCGGGAUCGAUUACCUACCGGCAAAUCCCUCGGGAUCCGAAGCAGUGGCUGGGGAUUCGUCAAUGUACGAUUUGUUUGCUUUAAUGAACAGUUCUGGCAACAAUUGCUGCGCCGUAAUUCAGAGGCCCUCGUGGAUUAUGCUCCUUACCUACUACACGUGGUUAGAUAAGUGCAAGGAAGCGCGAUGUCACAAUAUGUUGCAAUAUAAGGUUCUAGAAGACUGUCGUAAUGGGAACCGCAAUGGCCGGUAUCCAGCUGAAAUAUAAAUACGGGAGAGGGAAGCAACAAUUACUCUCCUAAUACAUCGACAUCGAAUUAUUCAAGGCACCAUGCGUAAUAAUAUCCUUCUCUUCUCUGCCUUCGCCCUCCAGGCUUCGGCCUUGAAUGAGACUAUCUCAGGCUACAAAUACUUCUUAUCCGGCCCCAAAUUAGCCCAGACGAAGACCGAGUACGAGCAUGCCGCCGCAGAAAAGGCCCUGUCGUUGGUCGAGGCGCGUCUAGACGGGCCCCUCCCUGCUCUCCCCGAGGACAGCGUUGCCGCCAUCCUGAAGCUCAAGCAAGAUAUCGGCACCGACGAACUUAAGGUGCUACUAGCGCCCGACCAAGACGAUGCCGACAAGUUCUGGCACGACGUGAUCGACAUGUCAGGCGACGGAUGGGUACCUGCCGAUGCGCGGGGCGUCGUUUUCCUACCCAACGUUUCGUUUGCGCAGUUCGCGGCCUGGUACGCGUCGCCGAACGCAGAUGCCGCCAACCUGGCCGCCAACCCCGAGCACUACGCAAAGGACACUGCGACGACUCCUACGGGUCUUUCGUCCAAGAUCCUAGAGGGCUGGGGAGGCGUGACUACCAACUUCACCAUUCCUAACUUCGACGAGCCAGACCGGGCCAAGGACCCAUUUUUACGGGAAUUGCCCGACUUUCCCGUUCAACAAGCCGGCGACAAGGUCCUACGCGACGGGACCAGGUUCGGCGCUCUACAUAUUUCCCUCCGUCCCGUGAAGGGCGCUGAUUACGGCCAGCCGAUUGAUGGAUUCGAGGUGUACUCGACUGUGUGGUACCAGGACGGUGCUGAGGAUGAUCACUUGGAGCAGGAGCGCCGCCAUAUGGUCAUUGAGAUUGUCAACCUGACCCUCCAGGCCCAGAAGGAUAUCGAGAGCGGCAAGUUCUCUGCUUAAUUGGAAUGAGGAGCUUCUAAGCGAUGUAUAUAUGUAUAUUUCUUACCAGUUCAAGGAACGAAAGUUUAUCCCAAGAUGGGACGUCCCGGGUCCAAAAUCAAAGGGUAGGCCUAAGGCAUGAGAUGAAAAAUAUGUGUUCAACUUAGUAUUAAUGUAAAUAAAGCCUGAAAUAACCAUUGAAACCAAUGUGCCAUGUCUUAUUCAUAGCAGAUAGCCGUACAUGUACACGAUCUCAUAAAAUAUAAAAUAAUUCUAUCUAAAAGGGAUAUCCAACCCGAUUUAAUCAUCGCGUGGAAGCGCCUCGGCUUGUUUCGGUGGUCUUACAUACCUCGGCUUAUUUUCAACUCGGAUUGCUGCUACCCAUCUUAUGCUUCACUGAGAUUACCUAUUAUUCGACGUUUGAAUAAUAAUACCCUCCAACAUAUUAUCAUUUGUUGCCGCAAGUACGUCAUGAAGGACCUAUAUUUAUAGGAUAGGCCCUUCCUAGUGUACGUUCCUAGUGUACGUAUGUACAAAUAGCAUUACUUCAUUCCGUUUC